AUGAGUAACGAUGCAUCAGAUAUCAAAAUGGAAACAGUUCACUUAGAAAACAUCACCAAUAAGCAGAUUGAUGAGUGCGACACGAAGGCACAUGCAAGGUUGCGGCGCAGAAUCGAUCGUCGAUUAUUACCUCUCUGUGCCUGGCUUUAUCUUAUGAACUAUCUUGAUCGCUCGAAUAUUGGGAAUGCCAAAAUCUUGAACCAGGAGACUGGCGAUUCGCUUCUCCAAAAGACUGGAAUGAGGGCGAUAGACUAUUCCCUUACUAUUACGGUUUUUUCUAUCGCUUACAGUAUUUUCGAUGUGCCCUCAAAUUGGGUCCUCAAGAGAUACUGUCGACCUUCUUUAUGGCUCGCUUUUCUUGCCCUUGGUUGGGGGGCUUUGACAUUGGGAUUCGCAUGGGCAGAUAACGUGUCUGUUGUAAUAGCCAUCAGAUUUUUCAUUGGUGUAUUUGAAGCUGGAUUCUUCCCAGGUAUUGUCUAUGUCAUAGCUGCUUGGUAUCGAUCAGAGGAGCGCGCGUUCCGUAUCUGUAUCGUGUCAUCGUCGGCUACACUUGCCGGUUGCUUUGGCGGCUGCAUCGCAUAUGGCAUGGCAUUUUUAAACCGCAAAGGAAACUUGGCCGGGUAUCAAUGGCUUUUCAUUGUUGAAGGUGCCAUCACCAUCCUUUGCACUAGUCUCAUCGUUGCCUUCAUGCCAAACUUCCCCGAUACAGCGAAGUGGCUGAGUGAAGAAGAAAAGGAUUUUGCCCAGCGUCGUCUUGGAGAGCAAAGCGUCAGCUUUACUAGUGAGCCAGCUAGUCGACGAGAAAUAAUCGAAACCUGUGUUGGACCUCGCAUGCUUGGACACUAUUGCGCCUAUCUUUCCAACGCUAUCGUAAUCAAUUCCCUGGUUUAUUUUUGCCCGACUAUUGUGGCUGGACUGGGCUACACUUCCAUCGAGGCCCAGUUGAUGACCGUACCCCCUUGGGCACUUGGGUACAUUCUAUGCCUGUGCCUUGCAUGGACAGCCGAUCAUUUUAAUCAAAGAAGCUUAAUAGUGACUGUCGCAUCAAUUGGUUCUGGUGCGGCAUUUCUGGCUACUACGCUCCUUCCCGUGACUGCAUAUCGAAAAAAAUAUGCCUGCUUGAUUAUAUCCUGCUGUGGGGUUUUUUCAAACAUCGCACCAUUGACGAGCUGGGUCAUUUGUAACAUGCCAAGUCCCCGUGUUGUGGGGCUUGCAGCAGCUCUCAAUAACGCUAUGGUUGGAAUAGGCUCAAUCAUUGCUCUAUGGAUCUGGAAAGAUAGUGAAAAAUCGACAGGGUACCCUACAGGGAACAGUGUGUGUGCAGCUUGCAGUUUUGUUACUGCAGUUGUUGCUUUUGGGCUACGUUGGACUUAUACCAGGAUGAAUCGGAUGAACAUACUGGACACCACUGGUAUUGCAAGGGACUGGAAACUGUGA